CUGAACAGGAUAAUGGGCAUGAACAAUAGCAGUGCCAAAGAUGACUUUGUCCUAGUGGGCUUCUCUGAUCAGCCCAAGCUGGAAAAGAUACUCUUUGUGGUUGUUUUGAUAUCCUAUCUCCUGACGCUGGUGGGAAAUACAAUCAUUAUUCUCAUCUCCUCCGUAGACCCUAAACUCAAAACACCCAUGUACUUUUUCCUCACUCACCUCUCCCUAGUUGAUCUCUGCUUUACCACCAGUAUUGUCCCCCAGCUGCUGUGGAACCUAAGAGGACCGGCCAAGACCAUAACAGCCCUGGGCUGUGCUGUCCAGCUCUACGUCUCCCUGGCACUGGGCUCCACUGAGUGUGUUCUCCUGGCUGUCAUGGCUUUUGAUUGCUAUGCGGCAGUUUGCAAACCUCUUCACUAUGCAGCUGUGAUGAACCCACGGCUGUGCCGGGCCCUGGCAGGGGUUGCGUGGCUGAGUGGAGUAGGAAACACUCUUAUCCAGAGCACUGUCACCCUCUGGCUGCCUCGCUGUGGACACCGGUGGCUCCAUCAUUUCUUCUGUGAGGUGCCCUCGAUGAUUAAGCUUGCAUGUGUGGACAUCCACGCCAAUGAGGUCCAGCUAUUCAUUGCUUCAUUGGUCUUGCUCCUCUUGCCCUUAGCCCUGAUAUUGAUGUCCUAUGGACACAUAGUCAAAGCAGUUAUGAGGAUCAAGUCAGUCCAGGCCUGGCGCAAAGCUCUGGGGACAUGUGGCUCCCACUUGCUGGUAGUGUCCCUCUUCUACGGGACCAUCACAGCUGUCUACAUCCGGCCCAACAGCUCUUAUGCCCACAUGCAUGGGAAAUUCAUCUCCCUCUUCUACACAGUAGUGACCCCAACCCUCAAUCCUCUCAUCUACACUCUGAGGAAUAAGGAUGUGAAAGGAGCACUGGGAAGACUAUUUCACAAAGACAGAGACCUAGGCUCAUAA